AUGGACGUCGACCUCAUUAUUAAGAUGGGAUUUUUCAUCCGAGAUCUUCACAACAACAUCGCUGAGCUUCAUGCUCAACAGUUUGCUGAACAUGCGCCAAUGAGUUCAUUUACUGUUUAUCGUGGUCAAGGUUUGUCACAGAUACAGUUUGAUCAAAUGAUCAAGACCAAUGGUGGACUACUGUCAUUUAAUAAUCCCUUGUCAACAAGUCUUGAUCGAGAAAUAUCUCUUUCCUUUGCACAAAGUAAUCAAAUUGGUUCUGAUCUUAUAGGUGUUCUCUUUAAAAUAAAUGUCAAUCCAUCAGUAUCGAGUACUCCUUUCGCAAACAUUCGUGACAUCAGUUACUUUGAAGGCGAAGAAGAAAUUCUCUUCUCCAUGCAUUCGGUUUUUCGAAUUGAAACAAUGAAACAAAUCAAUGAGAAUAAUCGUCUUUGGCAAGUCGAUUUAACGUUGACAAGUGACAACGAUCCAGAACUCCAUGAACUUACUGAAAGUAUACGAAAAGAUACUUGCUCUGAUGCAGAAGGAUGGGACCGUUUAGGCGUAUUGCUGAUUAAGCUUGGGCAGUUCAACAAUGCUCAAGAGGUAUAUGACACGUUGUUAAAUCAAACAACGACUUAUCAAGAGAAAGCAGUCAUUUAUCAUAGGCUCGGAGUGAUAAAGAAUAAUCAGGGUGAAUAUACAGAUGCCAUGGCUUAUUAUCAACGUUCGAUUGAAAUCAAUAAAGACGUUCUUUCAUCAAUGGAUGCCAACUUGGCUCGUUCCUACAGCAAUAUGGGUUUGGUGUAUGAUAAUAUCGGUGACUAUUCGAAUGCACUUUCAUAUCAUCAAAAAGCACUGGAAAUCGAACAGAAAACUCUUCCAUUAACACAUCCAAGUUUAGCUACUUCUUACAAUAACAUUGGUUUACUGUAUGGCAACAUGGGUAACUUUGCGAAUGCACUUUUAUCUCACCAAAAAGCAUUGGAUAUUCGUCAUAAAAUUCUUCCUUCAAAUCAUCCUGAUUUGGCUACUUCCUACAACAGCAUUGGUUUGGUGUAUAAUAGCAUAGGUGACUAUUCGAAAGCACUAUUUUAUCAUCAAAAAGCAACAGAUAUUUGUCAAAGAACUCUUCCUUCAAAUCAUCCUGAUUUGGCUACUUCUUAUAACAACAUCGGUUCGGUGCAUGACAGCAUGGGUGACUACUCGAAUGCACUUUUAUAUCAUCAAAAAGCGUUGGAUCUUUGCCAAAAAACUCUUCCUUCAAAUCAUCCUGAUUUGGCUACUUCUUACAAUAACAUCGGUUCGGUGUAUAAUAGCAUGGGUGACUAUUCGAAUGCACUUUCGUCUUACCAAAAAGCAUUGGAUAUGUGUCAAAAAACUCUUCCUUCAAAUCAUCCGAGUUUGGCUACUUCUUACAACAACAUUGGUUCCGUGUAUGACAGCAUGGGUGACUAUUCGAAAGCACUUUCAUAUCAUCAAAAAGCAUUGGCUAUUCGCCGAGAAAUUCUUCCUUCAAAUCAUCCUGAUUUGGCUGCUUCUUAUAAACACAUUGAAAUAGUGUCUUCUAAGAGUGAAGAACACGUGAAAGCUGUUUCAUAUCGUGAACAAAUUCUUUAA